AUGACUGUCAAUCUGGAUGACGAACUGUUCACCAGUGCCAUCUCCGGAUAUCACGAAGCGUUUUUGGUCCAACACUCCCACCUCCCGGAAUCUGAACGAGAUCAGCUAUGGAUUGAACGGCUAAGUCAGUUCAUCCCGGCCUCCAAUGGCCGGGAUUCCAACUGGCAGCCCGCUGGGAGCCUGGGGAAACGAGCUCGACAGGAUGCGACACCACGGACGUUGCCAUAUUCUGAUUCGGGUCUUCCUCGGGCAAAACGGAGAGCCACCACCCCGGAUCUCUCAGUCGACUUAAACCGCGACCUAUCUAACGCCUCCUCCCCCGACCUACCUCGGAACGGCGCUGCCUUCUCGGGAAAAGGCUUCUACCGACACACCGCCAUGGUGCGCUCCCAGAGCCAGCAAAUACCGGUCUCCCACCAGCACCAGCCAGCUGGUGCCAUUAUAGGUAAACGCCAAUCCGUCGCCCCGGUACGGACCCAUAGUCGCCUCAACCAUGUCGACGACUUUUCACCAUCCGAGUAUACGAAGUAUUUGGAUGCCUCACCUAGUCAACCCUUUGACUCGGCCUUGACUUUCGGACUCGCAAAUCAUGGACAAACCGGACCAUCGUUCCCUCAAUACCCCGAACGGACGUCCCCCUGGAUCGACCAGGCCCCAGCGGUUGCACCGGAGAUGUCCCGCAGCACGACUACCGACUCGUUAGUUGGCGGAAUGAACAUGUUCCGCUUUGACUCAACUGGACCAUCCCACUUUCAAGAACCGACCAGCUCCGUCCCGCCAGAGUGGGUGCCAACAUCCACCUCCGGCCUCCCGUAUCAAGAGUCCUUUCUUUCCCCCGUGUACCCUGACCUAGAUCCCAUAUCCUCUUCCCCAUUUUCCCACCGUUCCCCCUUCUCCAACCCAUCAUUCUCAGUAUCCGCUCCCCCAACCACCUCCUUCCGCUACCCAAUGCCCCACAAUCACCUCCCCUACGACUCAGUGGAGAUGAAACCCUUCGACUCCAUGAACAGCAAUAGCUUGGCAACACAGCGGUCUCGCGCCGCGCGCCGUACCAAAGAGCAAAUCGCCCAAGCCGCGCGACCCAUUGCUCCAAAAGUCGAGUCCAUCGAGAGCAGCAUGUCCCAAAUCGACCCCCACAGGAUGCUCCGCAUCUCCUCAGCAGACGGCACGACAAAGGAAGUCGCCGCGAUUCCCAAGGCCUCCGUGCGCCGACCCCCGCGACCAAAGACAUACUGCCGCAUCUGCACAGACCAUCCAGAUGGCUUCCAUGGUGAGCAUGAGCUACGCCGCCAUAUCGAGCGCGUGCACGCUUCCAUCCGCACGGUCUGGGUCUGCAAUGAUAUCUCGCCUGGCAAGUACUUCCUUGCGAACUGCAAGGCUUGUCGCAAUGGGAAACGCUACGGCGCCAAUUAUAAUGCUGCUGCGCAUCUGCGUCGCACGCAUUUCAAUCCCUGUGAGCGGGGCCGUGGCGGGCGUGGGAAAGAUAGCGAGAAGCGCGGUGGGAAGGGGGGAGGUAAUCAGCCUGGCAUGGAUGUUUUGAAACAUUGGAUGAUUGCCGCUGAGGAAGUCACCGAUGAGGCGGCUGGUGGCUCCAACUCCAGGCUUCUGAUUCGCAAUCCUAGCCGUGUUUCGACUAGGGAUCCUGGAUACCAGCUUGCUGUUGCUGCUUGUCGCCUGGUGGAAGGUCAGCCUCCCUAUGUUGUGGAGUCAGCUCUGCUGAAGGAGUCUGACCAAUUCCCCGAGUUUCCUGAUGCACCAUUUGAGUUUGAUUUUGAGCUGGACCUUGAUCUCGACCUCGACAUUGAGGAUUCGAUGAGUUCCCCGUUCUCUGGUUCACAGUCAUCCUGCAGGGCUGAUAUUGAUUCGUAUGUCAAAUGA